GGCUGUGGUUGUCGUGGGGGUGAUAUUAUACGUAACACAGAAAACCUCGCAGCUGUUCAGUAGCUCCAUCAUGCUGUGCACUGUGAAUACAUGUUGGUUAGUUUUAGAGGUGAGAAAUUAGCUGAAAGGUUAACGUUAAAUAACUUGGUUUUUUUAAAGACCGAAACAUCUCGGUGUUUCAUAACUGGACAAGUGAUGGAGCCGAGACACAACAGGGGCCGAGGCGGAAGCUGGAAGAGGGGAGGUGGGAGUGAAUCCCACCAGAAUUCGGGGGAACAGCGAGGACGGGGCAGGGGUGGUCACCAUCGUGGAAGAGGGAGAAGGGACCACUAUAGGGGCAGGGGGCGGGGUGGACCUGUUGCAGACCAUCACCAGGGUCGAGAUGAGACCGACAGUCAGGACCAGGAGGAUGAGGGGUUUCAGACAUUUUCCCGUAGGAAGCUGGAGUCCAACUGGGACCGUUAUGAAGCGGAGGAGAAAGAAAAACUUCAGGAAGAAGGGCCCACGCAGCGAGGGGCUGACUACCACGCCCUGCUGGGCUCCGCAGGCGACUCCUUCAGUCAGUUCCGCUUCUCCGAUGAGAAGGAUUGGGAGGCGGACUCUUUGGCUGUCAAUCAGGUGUCUGCGUUGCUUGUGGACCUCCAGGCAUUGGCCCAGUCACUCCAGGAACUCCCCCUGCAUGUGAGACUCAACCUGGAGGCCGAGCUCGUACAGGCAGCAACUCCAGUAGAGCUUCCCACAGUGACUCCAAAGCCAAAACAAGACUCUAUUCUGAGCGGUCAAUUCAGGCCUCCAGCACAGCAGGGCCCCUCCGGAAGCCUGGGCGUUUCCUGUCCCGUAAGGCCUAUUUUAGGUACUGCGGGAGGGACUGCUGUGGAUUCCAAGGCCCCCGUGGUGGCUAACGGUGAAUUCACGCCCCCAGCCGAUGAGCUGGACCACGAGCUGGAUAUGCUCCUCACUUUACAGACCAGUGGCCCCGAUCAAUCCCAGUCUACAAACACCCCUGAGGAUGAGAUGGAAGUCCCUGAUGCAUUGACGUCCCAGGAGGGGGAACCAGAGGCCUAUCCCCCGGAGGAGAAGGCGAAGGAGGAGGCAAAGGAGGAAGCGGAGGCGGCGAAACCAGAGGUGGAUGCAAAAAAGCAGGAGGUGAUGGAGGAAGACCUGGAGGACUGGCUGGACAGCAUGAUCUCCUGACCCCGCGAGCUGGAUGUGGAGAUUCAUACACCCAGCAGUGGAGGCAAUGGACUAUCCCUCCCUGACACACACACACACACUAAUAUGCUAAUAUACACACACACAACGCUCUGAAGUACCUGCUUCUGCCUCAUGCUGCUGCCAGUGGUGUGUGCGAUUCUGUAAUUUGCCAGAAAGUGCUGCCACUGGUUCUAAAUGACAUUUUGAGUGAAGGCUCUGCAAUUGCACUUAUUCCAAUGUAGGAAAAUGUAGAACAGCAGUGAUUUUGGUCCAUACAACCUGGUACCCAAAGCCACUGGCAUUUGAUGGAGUCAAUUAAAAUGACUGUCAGGAAUUGUUCAUAGGAAACGAAUGCUGCAUUUUUGAUUGUAUACCUCAAAGUUAUGGUUCCAGCUUUGCUGCCAACCGUAGUAUUUCCAUUCAACUGGCCUGUUCAAACACAACCCUGACUGAAUGUCUUCCACUUAACUCAUGCCAAAGCAUUGACACAAUCGGCAAGCACAAUCCCAGAUGCAGAAACCAGUCAGACUUUGUUGCAUUGGUUUCUUUAUUUUUUUUUUUCCCCCUCUAAAGAAAUGAAGUUCAGCAAAGCAACUAAACACAAGUGACCAUGUGUGUGCAUUUUCCUCUGUUAUCGUGUGCUUGUGAAUAAACUGGGUGAGGUAAUGUU